UUUAUCUUGGUGAAAAAAGAAUUGGUAUAUAAUAGUUGUUGUUAUUUAAUGGGCAGGGUGUUUAAGGCAGUUGGGGUGUUGUGGUUCUUGUUCCUGGCGCAUAGAAUCGAAUGGAGGAAUCAUGGGAAAAUUGGGCUCUUGACAUGGAAAUGGAAUAUGAUAGGGAUCUGUUAGAGGAGUGGCUGAGCGAGGUGGAGGAGGAAGAGUUCCUGAGAGAGAUUCUGAGUCAACCGGCUUUAUCAUCGGAGAGUGAAAGUCAACCUUUUGUUGAGAAGAGGGUUGGCGGAGACGGAAGCAGUUUAUCCUCGGAUGAGACGGUUACUGUUGGGCCUGGGAAAAGGGCCCCCAGGUCCAGCUCCAGCUCCAGGGCAUACAUUUUGUCUUUCGAUAACUCUACCAUAAUACCCGCAACACCUGAACUCCAACUCCAUGCUAAUAAUUGCCAUGGAGGAACACGCAAUUCCAAUUUGGCCUCCAAAAAACCAAAACAAGGCAAGAGGGGUAGAACUGGCUCGCAGACUCUGGAUCACAUAAUGGCAGAAAGGAAAAGGAGACAACAACUCACCGAGAGGUUCAUAGCACUUUCAGCAACUAUUCCUGGUUUGAAGAAGACGGACAAGAGUUCUAUACUUUGCGAGGCAAUUAAUUAUGUGAAACAACUUCAAGAACGUGUGACGGAGCUAGAAGAGAGAAACAAUAGAGUGAAAGAAUCAAUGAUAAUCCUGAAGAAGACUAGUCCGUGUGUAAAUGAAGAUACUAUUACUACCUCAGGUGAAACAAAUUCUGAGGAUAGUUAUAGUAGAGCAAGCGAAAUGCUCCCCGAUGUUGAAGCAAGAGUGAUGGAGAAUGAAGUACUCAUUGAGAUCCAUUGUGAGAAAGAAGAUGGGGUUCAGCUCAAAAUAUUGGACCAACUUGAAAAUCUUGAUCUGUCUGUCACCGCCAGCAGCAUAAUGCCCUUUGGGAAUUCAACUCUUGGCAUUACUAUCAUCGCUCAGAUGGGUGACGCGUACGGGAUGACGGUGAAUGAUUUGGUGAAAAACCUAAGGCAAGUGCUGUUGAGUCACAUGAACAACAAUACCGAUCCGUACUAGUGUAUCAAACAUGUUCUCGUGUAUGGACUCAUUUAUUUUUUUACUUGUGGUUUUACUUGUGGUUGUUUGUGGUGAAAUUGGUUUAUGAGUUCUUUUUAUUUGAAUUGCACACAUUCGUUUCAAUUUAA